AAAUUUCAUUCAGCUUUGUUCCAGAUGCAACAGUAUGUCCCAUAGUGUUCUUGGGCAUAAAUAAUGCAGUGAAAGCAGAGGCAACUUGCUGUAACUGUUUAACAUCAGAAGAUGUCUGGAAAUGGUGGAAAUCAGAACAUGCCGCCUGGCGGCGGUGGACCGACUCGGACGGGGACACCGCCUUCCACAACAGGGCAUCCCCCGACACCACAGGGUAGUGCUGGACCAUCUCCAAAUCCAAGCCCUGCAACUGGAGCUGGGAUGCAAGGGAGUCCCUCUCCUAGUCCCCAUCCAGCUCCUUCCCCCAGCCAUCCUCCCACCCCACAACCUCAGCCAACUCCCCCUCCUCAACAGCAGGUUCCACAGCCUUCACCACAGGGAAUGCAUGGACCCAUGCCUCAACCUGCUUAUGGGCAAGAAAAUUUAAAUGCUCUUCAGAGAGCCAUCUCAAGCAUGGAGCAGAGGGGUAUGCAAGAAGACCCUCGUUAUUCACAGCUGAUGGCCAUGGCCAACAGAGCUAAGCAGGCUACCACAGCUUCUCCAUCUCCUCCACCUGGGCAUUAUCCUCAACAGAUGCCUCCCAUGCAGAGCCCAACCCCUCCCCAAGGGAUGCUGCAUCAACAGCAGCCACAGCACCCACAGCAGCAGCAACCACCUCCAGGGUCCCAACCACAGCAACAGCCCCUCCCACCUCAACCAGGAGGACCUCAAGCACCCCAACAAGGCCCAGCAGGAACUGGGCAACCACAGGGCUAUGCUCAAAGUGGGGGAGCCCCCAAUGGGAGUGCCUCAUCUCCUCGUCCACCUGCAGGAAAUGUUUUCAAUCCAGUCCAGUUGCACCAGCUUAGAAGUCAGAUCAUGGCUUAUAGGCUUUUGGCUCGUCAUCAGAUCCUCCCACCCCCAUUGCAGAUGGCUGUACAAGGCAAGAGACCUGAGCCUCAGGGACCAGGGAUACCUCCUCAACAAGGAACAUAUGGGCCACCCGGCCUGGACCCGGUCAUCAUCCUGCAGGAACGAGAGAACAGGCUUGCAACACGCAUUGCCCAUCGCAUUCAAGAACUCAAUGAUUUACCGGGUAACUUGCCAGAGGACAUACGUUUCAAGGCUCAGCUUGAGCUCAGAGCUCUUCGCCUUAUCAAUUUCCAGCGUCAGCUGCGAUCAGAAAUUGUGACAGCUGUGAGGAGAGACACCUCUCUGGAAACUGCUCUCAACGUCAAGGCAUACAAACGCUGCAAGCGACAGGGCUUGCGAGAGGCUAGAGUCACAGAGAAGCUGGAGAAACAGCAGAAACUGGAAGAGGAGAGAAGACGCCGACAGAAACAUCAGGAGUUUCUCAAUGCAGUUCUCCAACACGGGAAGGACUUACGAGAGUUCCAUCGGAACAACCAGCAGAAGAUCGUCAAGAUCAAUCGAGCCAUCCUCACUUACCAUGCGAAUGCAGAACGGGAGAAGACGAGAGAGCAGGAGAGAAUCGAGAAGGAGCGUAUGCGACGUCUCAUGGCUGAGGAUGAAGAAGGCUAUCGCAAGCUCAUUGAUCAAAAGAAAGACAAGCGUCUUGCAUUUCUCUUAUCCCAGACAGAUGAAUACAUUGGUAAUCUCACUGAGAUGGUCAAGCAGCACAAGCAGGAGCAGCGUCGGAAGUUGAGAGAGCAGAAGAAGAAGAAAGCCUCUGAAACCAAGCUAGGUGUGGAUGAAGAAAGCCAAGGGGAACUGCGAGUCACCGUGGUGGAGACCGAGACUGGCCGCACCCUUACCGGAGAUGAUGCUCCUCUUGCAUCCCAGCUGGAAGCAUGGCUUGAAAUGCAUCCUGGAUGGGAACCUGCUCCAAGGGACGAGGCCGAUGAGGAAGAAGAUGAGGAUUCUGAAGAAGAUGAUGAUGAACAAGAUGGUAAUGAGGGCAGGGGCAGAUCAGGCAAUGAUCCAGAAGUGAAAACAGAAGAAGAUAAAGCUAAGGAAGUGAUCACAAAGGCAAAAGUGGAAGAUGAUGAAUACAAGACCUUGUCUGGAGAGAAAAACUAUUAUGCUAUUGCCCAUACAAUCCAAGAAGAAGUAAAAGAGCAGGCUUCAAUCUUGGUGAAUGGGUCACUGAAAGAGUAUCAAAUCAAAGGUCUGGAGUGGCUGGUUUCAUUGUAUAACAAUAACCUGAAUGGAAUCCUGGCUGAUGAGAUGGGCCUGGGGAAGACCAUCCAGACCAUUGCCCUUAUCACCCACUUGAUGGAGAAGAAGAAAGUUAAUGGACCUUUCCUCAUCAUUGUGCCUCUCUCAACUCUCUCAAAUUGGGCAAUGGAAUUUGAGAAGUGGGGCCCAACUGUGGUGAUUAUCACAUACAAGGGUUCUCCCUUGGCUCGGAGGCAGGUCCAAGCCCAGAUGAGAGGUGCCCGUUUCAAUGUCCUCCUCACCACGUAUGAGUAUGUGAUCAAGGACAAGGCAGUCCUCUCCAAGAUUCGCUGGAAAUACAUGAUCAUUGAUGAGGGGCAUCGGAUGAAGAACCAUCACUGCAAGCUCACUCAGACCUUGAAUACCUAUUACAAUGCACCACACCGUCUCCUCCUGACGGGCACUCCUCUGCAGAACAAACUCCCUGAACUCUGGGCGCUUCUUAAUUUCCUUCUUCCAUCUAUUUUCAAGUCCUGCAACACAUUUGAGCAGUGGUUCAAUGCUCCCUUUGCUACUACUGGUGAAAAAGUGGAGUUGAACGAGGAAGAAACGAUUUUGAUCAUUCGCCGUCUUCACAAGGUCCUUCGUCCCUUCCUCCUGCGUCGUCUGAAGAAGGAGGUGGAGUCCCAGCUUCCAGACAAAGUGGAAUACAUCAUCAAGUGUGAGAUGUCUGGCCUGCAAAGGAUCCUCUACAGCUACAUGCAGAACAAAGGAAUGCUGCUGACUGAUGGUUCUGAGAAGGGGAAAGGAGGAAAGGGUGGAGCAAAAGCCCUGAUGAACACCAUCAUGCAGCUGCGAAAGCUCUGUAAUCAUCCAUUCAUGUUUCAGCAUAUUGAAGAAUCCUACUGCUCCCACAUUGGAAUUCAAGGUGGCAUCGUCUCUGGACCAGACCUCUAUCGAGCUUCUGGGAAAUUUGAACUUCUUGAUCGCAUCCUGCCCAAGUUGAAGGCAACAAAUCAUCGUGUUCUCCUCUUUUGUCAGAUGACUCAACUCAUGACCAUCAUGGAAGACUAUCUGAACUGGCGAGGCUUCCGCUACCUGCGUCUUGAUGGCACCACCAAGGCAGAGGACCGAGCCCAACUCCUUGUCAUGUUCAAUGUUGCCAAUUCAGGAUACUUCAUCUUCCUGCUAAGUACCCGUGCAGGUGGACUUGGCCUUAACCUUCAGGCUGCUGACACGGUUGUCAUCUUUGACUCUGAUUGGAAUCCUCAUCAAGAUCUUCAGGCUCAAGAUCGUGCUCACCGAAUCGGACAGCAGAAUGAAGUUCGAGUCCUCCGACUGAUGACGGUGAAUUCCGUGGAGGAGCGUAUCCUUGCUGCCGCCAGGUAUAAGCUCAACAUGGACGAGAAGGUGAUUCAAGCUGGUAUGUUUGACCAGAAGAGUACGGGAUGGGAGAGACGCAUGUUCCUUCAGACGAUCCUACAUCAAGACGAGGGAGAGGAAGAGGAGGAGACCGAGGUUCCUGAUGACGAGACCGUGAAUCAGAUGAUUGCUAGAUCUGAGCAAGAAUUUGAAAAGUUCCAGAUCAUGGACAUUGAAAGAAGGAGGGAAGAUUCCAAAGCAGGGCCAAACCGGAAACCUCGACUCAUGGAAGAGGACGAACUUCCUGAUUGGUUGGUCCGAGGAGACCAGGAGGAGCUUGAGAUGCAGUAUGAUGAUGAUGAAGACAAGUAUUAUGGGCGUGGUUCCCGUAGUCGAAAAGAGGUAGAUUAUUCUGAUUCUUUGACUGAGAAAGAGUGGCUGAAAGUGAUUGGGGCGAUGGAUGAAGAAGGCCUUGAACUUGAGGACUAUCCAGAUGACCGUAAGAAACGGCGAAGCCGGGUGAAGGCAAAGAAACGGCGUUAUGAUGAGAGUGAUGAAGAAGCCACCCCACGGAGCAAAAAGAGCCGAAUUUCUCGCAUUGCUAGGGAGAAAAACGCAGCAAAACCUGACCCCAACAUGCGCCAUCGGAUGAGACGUCUCAUUCAGAUCGUGGUUGCGUACACAGACAGUGAUGGCCGGGUCCUCAGUGAACCGUUCAUGAAGCUUCCCUCAAAGAAGGAACUCCCUCACUACUAUGAGGUAAUCAAGCGACCCCUUGACAUCCAGAAGAUCAAAACCAAGAUCAAUAACAAUCGUUAUCGAAAUCUGGACGACCUGGAGACUGAUUUCAUGCAGUUGUGCAAGAAUGCACAGGAAUACAAUGAAGAGAAUUCAUUGAUCUAUGAGGACUCCAUCGUGCUCCAGUCAGUGUUCACAAAUGCCAGGGAGAGACUGGAGCAGGAAGGUGAACAAGAGGAAGAGGAAGAUGAUGGGGAAGGGGGGGAGAAUGAUGAUAACGAGGAGGAGGACGACGGAGAGGAAGUGAAAGAUGAGGAGGAAGAAGAUGAUGGAAUGAAAGUGAAGAUCAAGCUGAAAGGCGACAAGGGUGGGAAGAGCAUCCGACCGAAACGGAAGAGUCGGGCCACCAAGCGCUACUUGGAUGAGGAAGAUGAAGAGGAUGAAGAACAAGAUGUUUAG